GUUCUACGUUGAAUGCAUUUUAAAGUGAAAAAAAGUGAAGAAUCCAUUAAGCUUAAUCUUUUUUUCUGUGUGAAGAACAUAUUCCAUCGCAAUUUUCAAUUUCACGAUAGUGGGAAUGGUGGGGAACAUGUUUAUUAGGGGGCCAAGCUUAAAGAAUCGUUCUGCUUCGUACAGAUAUUGCAGUAUAGCGUCGUCUUCCACAGAUUGCACGUAAAAUUUUGUACAAUUACAUUCUUGAUAGUUUUUUCUUUUAUAAUUUAGAAUCAGUUCGGUAAUUUUCUGGAAUUGCAUUUGGAAAUUUUGCACGUUAUGACGUUGUUACCACCGACGGCAGAACAGCAGAAACGGAUAAACGAGGAGGUUUCGACAGAUCCAGAAACGAGGAAACGCGAUGUGGCUGCCAUACGUGAUUGGCUCUCGAAACAACCUCAUCUACCUAAUCAUAUGGACGAUACGAGGCUCGAGAGAUUUCUGUUUGGCUGCAAAAAUAGUAUAGAGAGAUGCAAAUUGAUUUUGGAACGAUAUUUUAGUGUACGUACCGCAAUUCCAGAAUUUUUUGCCGUUCGAGAUCCACUUGCACGAGAAAUUCAAGAAUGCUGCGAAGCAAUCCAAUAUUUUAUUUUACCAUCAUUAACGGACGAAGGAUACCGGGUGACUAUUUUACGAUUAAAGGACAGUACCAUAGAUAAAUUUUCUAUUCAGACCAUCUCUAGAAGGAUUCUUAUGGUCCUGGAUACUCGUCUGAUAGAAGAACAAUGUCUAUCAAAUAUUAUGGUAAUCGAUCUCGAGGGAUUUGGUGUGGUUCAUUUUACGAAAUGCAGUCCAACUCAAAGUAUUGUUCGUAAGGCAAUGUUGGCAAUGCAAGAUAGCAUGCCAUUACGACUUCAUAGAGUUCAUUUUCUUCACGCUCCUGCAUUCAUAGAAAAUAUUCUAAAUAUAUUUUAUCCUUUAUUGAAAGUUCGACUUGUUCAAAAAUUUCGUAUUCACACUGGAGGUGGUGAAGAAUUGCACUCUUAUAUGAACAAAGAUAUACUUCCAAAUGAAUGGGGUGGGAAAGCAGGCACUUUGGAUGAGUUGAAUGGUGCGUGGAAAAAGAAAAUUGAAAAAAACAGAGACUGGUUUUUGCGAGAGGAAAAGCUUAGUCGAACGAACGAAAAUGCUAGACUUCCAGAAUCAAAAACGAGAAUUUUAAAAGAAUUGGAAGGAUUACAAGGUUCUUUUAGACAAUUAAAUAUUGAUUAAGAUCUCUUGAAUAUAUUUUCUAUAAAUUCAUUUUCAUUUAUUUUUUAUUUUUAUUGUACUUUUAUAUUGUAUUUAAGAUCGUGCCUAAUAAGAAAAUAUUAAAAUAAAAAAUUAUUCGUAUUAUUUUUCAACAUAUAUACAGAUAAUUUAAAAUUUAUUAUCUCUUAUACUUUUGUAAAUUUUAUCUCAAAUUUUACGAAGUAUAGACAAGGAAAGAAGAUGGUGGGAGAAGGAUAGAGAUAGGAUAAAAAUGUGGAAAUCAGCGCCAUCUUCAGAGUGCCGCAAAUGAAACUCAAUACACAAGGACAGAAAAUAAUUAAAAAAGGAUAGAGAUAUAAGAAUUGACUCUCAGCGCCAUCUUUUGAAUAUCAGAGAAACUUUUUUAAAAUACAUCUUUUCAUAUGAUAAAGUAGAGUAAGAAUUUAGAAUCAGCGCUAUCUUACAAUUACUUUUAGAAAAUAUUCAAUCUUAUAAUAUUUUUAUUAUUCAACAGAUGGCGCUAAUUGCUAAUUCUUCCUCUACUUUAUCUUGUUUUGAAGAAAUUUUUCUGAUCUUCAAAAGAUGGCGCUGAGUGUCAAUUCUGACUAUAUCUCUAUCCUUUUUUAAUUAUUUUCUGUCCUUGUAUAUUGAGUUUCAUUUGCGGCACUCUGAAGAUGGCGCUGAUUUCCACAUUUUUAUCCUAUCUCUAUCCUUCUCCCACCAUCUUCUUUCCUUGUCUAUACUUACUAUACAAAGUUUAUGCAUUUAAAAAAUAACCCCGAUAUUUCAUUAACUUUAUUAUUUUUUUUCCUUCAUUUAUCAAUUAAAAAUCUUAACAGAAUCAUUUUAAUAGAAUCUAUUCGAUCUAAUUUUUAAAAAAAUUUUAUAAUAUUGAUUUUUAUAACAUAUUUAAAAAUCAUUGAAAUCAAUUUUUUCUACAAAUUUCUCUUCUAUCAUUAAAAUCCUGUAUACGAGAUGGAGUCUGAAAAAAAAAUAAUAUAAAAAAAAA